AUGAAUUGUUUCACUAAAUUUAAGAACUUAAUUUAGAAAUAAAAUAAUAUAUAUUUUUUUAUGUAAAUAUUACCACCAGCUGAAAGAGUGCUGCAUUUCUAAGAAACAAAGAGUUGGUUCAAUUCUAGACAUUCAUCUAAAGUAAAGGAGAAAUAUAGAAAAACAGAAAAGGAGUUAUUUGAUGAUGAAAUAGUCACAGAAACAUUCCAUUUAAUUGAUAGAGAUCAUUCAAGUAUAAUAUAUUAAUUAAAAUUUGUAAGAUACAAUUGAAAUGGAUGAACUGUACUCCAUGUUGAAAAAAAACAAUUAUCCUGUUAAUUUAGGUCUUUUGAAGGCCUUUUUCGAAAUGACUGAUCGUGAUGGCAAUAGUAUGUUUCUAUAUUUAUAUUCUAAGAAUGUAUUGAUUUAGAUGAGUUCAAAUAAGUGAUAAAGGAUGAGGGAACUUCUCAAAGUAAUGAAGUGAUUAAAUUUUAAUAGCAUUUAGGACAUUGAUGAGAAAAAUGAGAGAAAUAGGAGAAGAGAAUUAUUAUUCUACUGAUUUUGUAAAUCUACUAAGAUAUUUAUCUUAUUGUGCCAAUCGAACAGACUUGAUAUGGCAAAUAAAAGUACUUAUUCAUCAUUAUAUUCAUUUCAAUUAUAAAGAAUACACGUCUAUCAUUCGAAUAAAGAUCUAAGUUAGUGUCUGAGUUAUUUAAAGUGAAUUAGUAAUUUACAAAGAUAUCAAAUCCUAAAGAAGAAUAAAAAUGCACAUUAAGACCUUUUAUGAAAAAUAAGGUUCAAGGUGAAAUUAAAUAUCUUACACCAAUAAAUAAAAAGCCCCGUAUCAUAACAAACAUGUCCACUAAAACUAGAAUAAGUACCAGCAAUCAAAAUUCAAUAUUAUCUUUCGAUAUUAAUAGUAUUUCAUCACCAAGAUUAUCUCCGUUAAAAACUGAUAGAUAUGUAUUCAGUAAGAAAAUGAGUUUAACCACAACUCCAUCCACUAAAACUACUUUGUAUUCAACAAAGUCCACAUAAAAGAUUAAUAAUAAGUUUUGA